AUGUCGAUUCUGGCUAUUAUCUUUUUUGAUAUUCUAAACGAGGAUUGCAUUGGAAGCCGCACCUGCAGCGGGAACCGAUGCAUCGAUCCGUGUACCUACGCCUGCGGCACAAACGCGCUCUGCCAGACGAUCAACCACAUACCGGUGUGCAACUGUCCUCCAGGUCACACGGGCAAUCCUCUGCACGAUUGCGUCUACGACCCUGAGGCGCCGUGCAAGAGCCCAAAUCCUUGUGGGGCCAACACCAAGUGCGAAGUCAAGAACGGCGUGGCGGUGUGCUCUUGUUUGUCGGGAUACCGAGAACGUCCUCUCGAGGGCUGCCGUCACGAGUGCGAGUCCGACUUUGACUGUCCCCAGCACCAGCACUGCUCGAAGGACUUUCGCUGCGAGAGCCCGUGCGCCUCCGUAUGCGCCGAGAGCGCCGAGUGCAACGUCAUCAACCACCGAGCCAACUGUGCCUGUCCCAAGAAUUGGCUGGGUAACCCGCUCAUAUCCUGCCAGCCCGAGUGCACCCAGCACUCCAACUGUCCUGCCGGCAAGCCUGCCUGCCUCUAUCAGAAAUGCGUCGAUCCUUGCGAGGGCACCUGCGGCACCAACGCCAAUUGCGAGCUCCGCGACGUAACGCCCGUCUGCAGUUGUCCCAGGGACAAAACUGGCGACCCCUUCGUUUUCUGUCGGCCCUUCACCGAUGUAAACGAGGAUUGCAUUGGAAGCCGCACCUGCAGCGGGAACCGAUGCAUCGAUCCGUGUACCUACGCCUGCGGCACAAACGCGCUUUGCCAGACGAUCAACCACAUACCGGUGUGCAACUGUCCUCCAGGUCACACGGGCAAUCCUCUGCACGAUUGCGUUUACGACCCUGAGGCGCCGUGCAAGAGCCCAAAUCCUUGUGGGGCCAACACCAAGUGCGAAGUCAAGAACGGCGUGGCGGUGUGCUCUUGAUUGUCGGGAUACCGAGGGCGUCCUCUCGAGGGCUGCCGUCACGAGUGCGAGUCCGACUUUGACUGUCCACAGCACCAGCACUGCUCGAAGGACUUUCGCUGCGAGAGCCCGUGCGCCUCCGUAUGCGCCGAGAGCGCCGAGUGCAACGUCAUCAACCACCGAGCCAACUGUGCCUGUCCCAAGAAUUGGCUGGGUAACCCGCUCAUAUCCUGCCAGCCCGAGUGCACCCAGCACUCCAACUGUCCUGCCGGCAAGCCUGCCUGCCUCUAUCAGAAAUGCGUCGAUCCUUGCGAGGGCACCUGCGGUACCAACGCCAAUUGCGAGCUCCGCGACGUAACGCCCGUCUGCAGUUGUCCCAAGGAAAAAACUGGCGACCCCUUCGUUUUCUGUCGGCCCUUCACCGAUGAGGACCCGUGCAGCGGGAAUCCGUGCGGUACCAACGCCGAGUGCCGACCGGGCCAUGACAACACGGGUAAGAAGCGCCCGGUGUGCAGGUGUCCCCACGGCUAUGUUGGAAACGCGCUAAUCAGCUGUAAGAGGGGCGAGUGCUUGUCCAACAACGAGUGCCCGGACAAUCAGGCGUGCAUCAACUUUGCCUGUCAGAACCCGUGCACGGGCCGUGAGUGCGGUUUAAAUGCCAAUUGUACACCUAGAAGACACAUUGCAGUGUGCCAGUGCGCCGAGGGUUACCCCGAGGGGACGCACUCUUCUCCUGCAAUCCCAUCGAGGGUGGCCGUGCAGCCAACUACUACGGUCGCUACGCGCGCUACUGAUUCUUAUUUUUAUUCCGAAUGA